UCGAUAUGUUAGUAUGCUGGGCUUGACUUAACAAUAAGAAGCUUGAGGAUUGUUUCCAAGUUUAACAGCAACAGGAGCAGACCUGAGCAUGUGAAGCAGGCAACGUUUUCAAGCAGCCAAUGGAAGGAAGGAAGGGAAGUCGGCGCCUUUGCAUUGUUAGCCCAGGGCCAGUACUUCGUGUGGGUCGGAAUUAAUCAAUAGGGGAAUGGAAGCUGGUGACAGCAGCUGACUGUCGGCAUUGAGCGCUUGCAAUAAGCCGGGAGCGGGGUCCAAGGAGAGCGAGAGGAGCGACGCACGGACACCACGGGGCAUCCACAGCCCUCACUCACAUGGUUAGAGUGCCAUAUUGUGUAUCCUGGCUGAAGAGGAUCUGCUUUUGAGACACUGCCAAGUCUGUUCUUAUAGUCAUUGCCCGGAGGUGUAUGACAGUAACUCAGGUCACAAAUUUUCCUCCCAAGUCAGAAAAGGUAAUUUUAUGGUUCAGGGACUGCUGCCUUAAGUUACUGUAGUGAGGCCAAAACUAAGGUAGCAGACAAACAAGCUGACCGGCUUCACAUUUCAUACAGUUUGACCGUGGGACUUUACGGAGAAGACAUUAUCUUGAUGGUCCACGUGAAACUCGUUGACUGUGAAUGAAAGUGACUGCAGACAUUUCUAUCGUCAUUAUUAUGAUUGUUGUUAUCAUUAAAGGCCAUGGCCACAGCAUCAAGAGGAGCUCCCCCACAGCCACCGGCAGCUAAGAGUGUGAUAGUUUAUCGAAAUGGGGAUCCAUUCUUCACUGGCAGAAGGUUUCUCAUCAACAAACAAGUCUCCACCUUUGACACUUUCCUUAAUCAGGUCACCAAGGGCAUUAAUGCACCCUUUGGGGCAGUCAGGAACAUCUACACUCCUAAGGAGGGUCACAGAGUCUUUGAUCUGGAUGAACUAGAAAAUGGAGCCAGCUAUGUGGCGGCAGGAGUGGAGAAGUUUAAAACCUUGGAUUAUUUACAAAUUACAACAAAGAAGCCGCAGAAAAAGAUAAAUGAGAUGAUUCGACCAGUUGUUCACAGCCGAAUUAUCGUUUCUGCGCGAUGGAAGAAGUACAAUUAUGAACCUUGUACCAUCAACAUCUUUACCAAUGGAGACCUGCUGAUACCCCCCGUGAGGUUACUUCUACCAAAACAUACAGUUCAAGACUGGAAUCGUGUCCUUGCCUUGAUUACAGAGAAAGUCCAUUUACGUACUGGAGCUGUUCAGAGACUCUGUACACUAGAUGGAAGACCCUUGCUCGGUGCAGCUGAAUUAGACAACAACCAGUACUACGUGGCCGUUGGAUCAGAGAAAUUCAAGAAGCUGCCCUAUUAUCAAGUCCUGUCAAAGAAAAUUACAGUACGAGAGACACCAGGAUUUCAUUCUGAUCUGCUUCCUCCAAUCCACAGAGGUCGAAAGGCUAGAGGAAGGUUUGAGGCGCAUGACAUAUCCCAUGGUGAAUCAAGUGAUUCUGGAUUUUUGUCCUCUCCCCAACAGUCUGAAGGUGAUAGUUCCCAUUCUACAACAGAUGGACAAGUACUUGUGGGAGCUCCACAAAUGGUUCAAGGGCAAUCAAAAGAUCUGGAAGCAAAACCAUCCAGGGAGAAAAAUUCGAUUUUUCGUGCAAAGCCAAUGAAGGUCAAACACCACAAACAUUCAGCUGGUCCUUUGGCAGAAUACGAAGAUAAUGGAGUGUUUAAAGCUCAAGACCCUCGGAAAGAAACCCAAGAUGCUGCUGAGGUGAGGGAAGAUGCAGACAUGAGAGUGGAUCUACCUAUUGAUCAGGUCCCUGCUGAGAUUGUUCAUGAGGAAGAAAUACCACCCAAUGACAAUGAUACAUCCACAGAUAACCAUAAGGAAGAAGAUCUACUUCAUGGAAUGGAAGAUUAUGGGAUAAUAAAAGAGCAGUGGAAUGAUCCAAAUGGAUGGACAGGGGAUGAGGAUGGACUGGUAGAAAAUAUUCAAGAAUACAGUAAAACUAAAGAAGAUGGCCUGCCCAAUAAUAUUGACCGUAAUACCAGAGUGCUGGAGAAUUCAGAUGCACUACCCUCAUCAACAGAUGAACUUUAUAGUGAACAGGAGGAUCCAGGGAAUGAAGUCUAUCGCCCAGCCCAUGAUGACGAAAUUGCAGGUGUGGGUUCAGAACAAUCUACUCAGAAAGACCCAGUAUCACUUAAAUCUGAAACAUGGCUCAAGCCAGCAGAGAAACAAGAGCAUGUUGAUGAAGUAUCAAGGUUAGAAAAGGCACCAAGGGGACAGGAGAAAUUCAGAAAACUGUUUGGAUUUCAUUUCAGGAGGUCAUCAAAGUCCAAGGAUGGUUAUAAAAAUAACAAAUGAGGACAGUGGCCCCUGUUCCAGACCCUAGAUGAAUCAUAAGGAUUUAACACUGAAAAAAGUAUUUGAAUGAAAAAUGAAGAUAGAACUUGAAGAGACAUUGGUGGGCAGUCAUCCGGUGAAUCGAUCGAUAUGCUUUUAGAUGAAGCUGCAGCUCUCAAAUGCUUAUUAAAAUGAUUCUUUUAAAUGUAUUAAUUUUCCAAAAAUCAAGCAUGCUUUGUGCACUCCCAAUGCAGCUUGACUAAUAUAUUUGUUAGUAACAUUUCAUUAUUGUAUAACAGCUGAGGAUAUAAUUUUCACCAUAUAUUUUGUUGAUUAGUCUUUUUUUGUAAUUUUCUGAUUAAUUAUUUCUGUUUUUGCAUAAUCAGCUGGCUAACUGUAAAAUAUAAUUGCAUUUGCAAGAAAAUUACAGUCUCAGGCGAAGAAUUAAAUUGAUCAUUAUAUUGAGAAGAAUAGAGUAAUAACGUUGACUAUCUAAUCAGUGUAACAUUCUUCUUUGUCACAGUUUAAUGAAUUUUAUAAAUAACGAGAAGGCUUUUGUUAUAUACUCCUGUGACUUAGGGGAUUGCAAUGACGCAGACUAAACAAAGCAUAUUAUUAGCACCGAACACUUACUUGCCAAGCAAAGUUUAUGUCUGGACUGAUCUGAAUAAUGGAGUCCUUAGAUAUGUUUGAUUUGUGAAUAGCAUUUAUGUUAGUUGUAAUUCAUAUGAAUUCACAUUUCAAUUAGGCAUCUCAGAUCCUUGUGUGUUGAAUUUUCCCUUGGAUUAAAUGUGUAAACUCUGUGAUGUUCACAACAAAGUAAUAAAGGAUGUUUGGAAA